CCUGACACCGGUCUUCCGGAAUGUUGAUUUUUCCCCCUUCUGCUCACGUUUGGUGAAAGUGAUUUAAAUGAAAUGGCUUCGUCUACGAUUGUUCAUGGAAAGGGUGAUAAUAAAGUUGUUAAGUGGAGUGAAAGAGAUCCCCAGAAAAUACGACACAAAGUUCCUGGGCAGGAUCCAAGACCCGUCAUCGACUACACCAAUUUGGAUAUAAUUAACAACCAUGAGGGUCUGAAAGGAAGGGCAAUCACUGAGUCUACAGAAGAUGGCCAUCAUUUCUUCAUGGAGAACUACCAGCGGAUGUUUGCCAACAAUAAACCAUUACCCAGCAUUCCUAUUGGGAGGCGGGACCAACCAAUGAAAAGCAUCUCCAAUGAAGCUACAGGUUCGGCGACCGCUGUCCCGAGUAGCACAAAUCGCUUAUCUGACAUCGUUUCACCGGAGACGUUGAGUCAUGACGUAGCUGACCACAUGGCCAAGCUACACAAGGAGAGGAAGAUUGUAGACCCGGUCAUCAUUGCCGCUAAGAGAAUCAAAGAACUCAGGACGCUUCUCAAGAAACUACCCUACGAGAGGACUGCCGAAGACAACGACAUCAUCUACACACACCUGAAAGAGUUCCCUCUCCUGUCUGAGCAGUUAUCCAAUAAGGAACUAAAGGAGCUCUGCACAACGGCUCAUAUGGACAUCUGGAAAGACGAAGACUAUACGGUGUUUGGUAACAAUGGAUUUCACAUCAUACUACGGGGUUCAGUGGUACCACAGACGGAGCCAUGGUUAAGAACCAGAGGCCACCCUGGGGAAUUCCGCUCCCCAACGCCCAUCCUGACGACUACAGUUCACACGGAUAAAGACGUUACUGAGCUUACAGUUGGUGACUGUUUCGGAACUCUGGAAAGACUGGAAGGAAAAGAACCUAAUAGCAAAGUGCUGACAGUCCUUACCAAAUCGGUUCCUUGUGAGUUUUUGAAGAUCUCAAGCAAUGAUUUCAAGAGAAUAACAGAACAAAUAAGAGAACGCCACAUAUCCGAGAAGAUCAACCUAAUACAGGCGUGUAAACGCUACCAGCUCUGGCCAAGGCAGUCACUUCACAAACUAGCUGAACUCAUCAGAUGGACAAAAUUCCCAGAGAAUACAGUAUUGGUGAGUGAGGGCUACCUGUGUCCCUUCAUUGCUUUCAUCAAGUCUGGAGACUGCCACGUCUUGAGACAAGUAGACGUCCUUCAGAAAAUGCCCAACGGCAGUCAGGAAAAACGUCUGAAACAAGUCGUUAUGGGGCGACUGCAAGAGGCGGAGUCAUUUGGUGAGAUUAGUGUGCUGGACGCAGAGGCUAUCACAUGUUCCAUUGUAACCGCAUCAGACAUCAAACUGGGUAUUAUCACACCAGAGAGACUACAAGAUCUUGAGGAGACAACCAAAGCUCUCUUGAGACAGUCAAAUGAAAGACUGUAUGGUAACCUAACGAGGGAUGACAUCCACAAUGAGUACAUUGACCAAGAGUUGAAGCGAGAAUGGAACCAGUUCAAGCACGGCGUCGUUGUUGAUGUGAUCAACACCAAAGGGAUCAGGCCUGGAUAUGGGAAGUGGUCAACCAAAUGAUCCUGAACGAUUCAAACUUAAGAUGGUUAAAGGAACUGGACACUAUUGGUAAUUACUCAAAAUAAUUGUUAGCAUAAAAACUUACUUGGUAACAAGCA